AUUUCAUAUCAUUGACCGAGACUAAAAGUUUUGGAAAUAUCCAAAGAUAUUCUUACUAUAGUUUAAGGGAGUUUAAUAAUUAUAUACAAAACUAAAUAUACUAAAGAACUUCACCACAGAGCUGAAUUAAAUGAAAAACAAUGGAAUCUCUACCCAUGCCUCAUUCCAUGACAUGGGAAGUGAUGCAAUCAAACCUAACAGCUCGAGCCUCAAGUUUGUACACGGAAGUGCAACAAGAAACGAUGUUGCAGUCCAGCCUCCCUGGCCAUCUGGCGGAGGAGGGACUCAACUAUACCGGCAUGGACCUCGAGGAUCAGUUGCCUGGUCCAGGAGGAGGGGUGGAUUACCUUAACUAUUUAGCGCUGCCAUGCGAGUGCGAAGCUUCGUUGUGCCAAAACAAGAUGCUCUUCAUCAAUGAACCCAGUAGCAUGAGGCUGCCAUGGGAGUCCAACCCUCACUUCUACCCCAACAUCCUGACGUAUGUGGCGACGUUGCUACUGGGCAUCACUGGCAACAUUGCUGCGGAGAUUAGCGAAUAUGUACUGGCAUCCAUCUAUAUUAAAUGUCGUUUAUUUGUUUAUCAAAAGACCCGGACUAACACGAACAUGUUCCUGUGUUCGUUGUCGGUGGCGGACCUCAUCAUGCUCAUCUUCGGAGUGCCGAUUGAAAUCCUGGGCAUGUUCGCAAUCAUGCUGGACUUCGGCAGCCCUUCUUGUACCAUACAAAGCUACAUCCACAUGCUUUCAUUUUCUGCCAGCGUGCUGAACCUCACAGCAGUGAGCCUUGAAAGGUUCAUCGUGAUUGUUUUUCCAAUGCGAAGUCGCUCUGUGUGCACCAUGAAGAACUGCAGGCGCUCUGUCAUCAUGGUGUGGCUAAUAGCCAUGGCUAUGGCUACUCCGGUCGUCAACAUGGUCGAAGAAGAAGUGAUCGUAUACCACAACAAAGGUUGUACAGAACACGUCAUCACUUAUUACUGCAAGUCGCAUCACACGGUGGGCUUCGUAUCAUACGAAGUAUUAGCUCUCUUUGUGAUCCCCGCCGUGCUGAUGAUCUGCUGCUACACGGCCGUCAUCAGGGAGCUCUGGAAGAGCACCAAAACAAUAUCAGCGCUCACCAACCCUGUGCGAUGUGGACCGUAUAACAGCAGCGGAGGAAGCGAAUCAUAUCGUUUGAACGUACGGCAUCCUACGAUAUGCAAUCCACGCAGACUUCUGAAUUCACCAGCAACAGUAAUUGGUAUUCAAUCUCAUUCGAAUUGCGAUCAAGGAUCACCUUUGCCUUCAAUUUCAGACCCGUUUAGUGACCAGGAAGAUCUUGCUGAAAAGCAUAGGUUCGAUGAAGUUCAGGAAUCGGGUUUCUCGAUUGGGCGGCCGAUACUGAGCUUUGAUUGUGACAUGCCUCAGUCUUCGUCAGGUACGUUUGAAUCCACAAAUGUUUAUGGACCAGAAAAGUCAAGGGUUGUUUCCGGGACCACGCUUCCGGUACACCUGGACUAUGAUACCAUGUCUGACGUCACUGAGCACACAUCGCGCGGCACACGAGCGAGCGCUGUCUCUUUCCCACGAAUGAACUCUUUAUCUUGCUCAAGAACCAACACAUUCAAAAGUCAUAAAGGCAGUCGCAGAGGUAAAAGUAUGUCUGGGAUUAUUUUCUCGUCUGAGGAAGACUUUCAGAUCAUUGAAGAUGCGAAAAACACUGUGAAUCCGCGCUCUAAUGUAAGCACGCUACACAAUUUGCGAAGCCCCGUCGGUUUCCGGGCGAGUAUGAGAAAUCGGAACAGCUUGGGAGCAACAAGUAACAAUGGUGGCUUGAAUUGUAAGGCCAUGUCCUACGAUGACAGUGGAGUGAACACAAGAGAAGUUACUGGUGCGAGUCAUCGGGGAGUUUUCGGUCACCGCAAAAGUAAAUCUUCCUCGGCAGCUGUUGGCCUUCAUGGCAGGGAAGAGUGGAAGCUGCCUCCUAUGGCUAAGAGGGAGGACGUUAAGAAAACCAGGAAGCAGGUGAUAAAAAUGUUGGUUGUGGUGGUGGUGCUGUUCAUCAUUUGCUGGGGUCCAACGCUUGUUGUUAAAAUCUGCAAAGCACUUGAAGUUCAAGCGUUCAACCAAGUAUUCCUUGCGUUCACAUAUCUGGCAGACCUUCUGCCGUUCAUCCAUUGCUGCAUAAAUCCCAUUAUUUAUUGCUUCAUGUCCAACAAUUUCCGCAAGUCAAUGUGGCGGAUGAUCGCCAAACGGCAGUCAUGUUGUUCAGAGCUCGCAAGAACCCAGGCCGGCCUCCCUCCUCUGCGCAGUGGCUGCUGCAAAUGUGUGAGGUACGGCGAUGGUUGCUGCAGUGGCAACAGCAGCAACAGCGGCGCGGGCUGCAGUAAAAUGUGCUGCGACAAACAGACCAACCUACCCCCUGCACCACCGGUCUCCAAAGACCAGACGUCAGUGACUGCAGACAAGCUAUUGCAUGCGUCCGAGGCCGAGGUUGACCAAACUAUUGUAUCCGAGUGGACGGUCGCAGCUCCAGCAUCUGUUCAGCCGCCAAACAAGUACUCGUGUGGGACCGCUUGUUUCUACGUGUGUUGGUGCACUAAAAGUCUGCCGCAUUUGCCGGGCAUCGCGGCUCCAGAGACCCAUAAAGGAAUAUCAAGGCAAAACACAGCGCGGUUUUCAUCAUCAACUUUUUAUCAUGAAGCCCCUACCGCCAUCUUGAAUUGCACAGAACUCGAAAAUAUUUCCAAUAUUUAAUUUUGUAUAUCAUGGAUCGUAAUCUGUCAUGCAUAAUACGUAAAAAAUGGAUCUACCAACUGACUUUGGCGAUUCUUUCACUAAUAUAACAUGUACAUUUAGUUUACUCAAUUGCAUUUUUAUGAACUUUUGAUUCUCCAUUUUGACUCGAAAAUCAACCAGGCUUCCGUGAGUUGACUUUAUUUAAAUCAUCGCAAAUAAAUAUCUUUUUAUGAUCAAAUUCUAAUUUUAGGUAUACAUACUCCGAUAAUCUUUGUAAUACAUCUUAACUGUCAAGCUUUCCAUCAUGAUUAUGACCAUCAUAGCGUAUAGUUCAAGCAAGCUUCCUUUCUUAAAUCAUAAUAUUUAUUAAUAGUAAGCUUUAGAUUAUCUAAGCAAAUCAGCUUCAUUGUCAGCUUCAAAUGCUAUGAUGAUAAUAUUAAUUUAUGGUAGAUUUUUUAACGCUUAUAGAUAGUAACUGUCUCUUACUAUAUGUACAAUGUUUACCUUAAUCUAUUAUUCUGCUUGUCCGAUCAUAUAUUCACUGAUAAUU